AUGGAAAUAUAUGCAAAGGCAUAUGAUGUUAAAGUGUGGAGAUUCAUCAAAAAGGGAAACUAUCCUCUGCCGACUGCUGCUCAACCUCUUACUGAUCCUGAAGAUAUAGACUCAUAUACAGAUGAGAAAAUGGCAGUUGUGCAAGUCAACAACAAGGCAAGAAAUUUGUUCUAUAAUGCUAUAAGUUGUGAAGAAUAUGAAAAAAUCUCCAGCUGUGAUACGACCAAAGAAAUGUGGGAUAAGCUUGAAGUUACAUACGAAGGAACCAACAAAGUGAAGGAAACACAUAUCAACAUGUUGGUUCACGAUUAUGAACUCUUCCAAAUGAAAGAAGGAGAAUCCAUUGAGGAAAUGUUUGUCAGAUUCAGAAAAAUCAUUAGCGACCUAAAAGCUUUCGGCAAACCAUACACAAGUGGUGAUCAAGAUCUGAAUAAAUUAUCUUAUGAUGAACUUCGUGGAGAACUCAUAGCCUUCGAAAAGACACAUCUCAAGAAAACAAACCAAGAAGAAAAGAACAAAAUAGUUGCAUUCAAGGCCACAACUGAGAUAGCUGAGAAUGAUAUCAAUGAUGAUCCUAAAGCUCUUCAAGAAGAAAUUACUAUGAUGUCGAAAAACAUGGCUGACUUAAUGAGAAGAUUCAGGAAUAUGAGAAGAGGAAGGAUUCCACCUAGACGAACCAGCUGGAGUGGUGAAGACAGUUCAGAACACGAAAAAGUAGCAAAUCUUUGCUUCAUGACAAUUCUAGAAAACAAUAUGAACAAACUUUCAGGAUGCUGGACAGACGAGGAUACUUCAGAUGACGAAUGCAAAGAUAACAUUGAAAAAUGCUUCAUGGCUCUAGGUGAAACAAGUGAGGAACACUACAGAAGAAAUUGCAAAGGAAAAUGGUACUUAAACUGUGUGUGUUCUAGUCACAUGACAGGUGAUAAAAACCUGUUCAAAGAAGUUACAAAAAUAGACGGAGGAAGUGUUAAGUUUGGCGAUGACUCAAAAGGAAAAAUAAUCGGUACCGGAACAAUCCCCUUCAAUAACAACUGUGAUAUCACUGAGGUUUAUCUACUUGAUGGGCUUAAUUACAACCUUCUGAGCAUAAGUCAGCUAUGCGACCCAGGAUAUGAGGUGAUUUUCUUAUCUCAUAAAGAUGAAGCGUUAAGAAACUUUGAGGUUUUCUGUAAGAAGGUCGAAAGAGAAAAAGGGUAUCUGAUUACAACAAUCCAAAACGAUCAUGAAGGAGAAUUUGAAAGCAGAGCAUUCGAAGAUUUUUGUAAUGAUCAAGGAUAUACUCAUAAUUUCUCUGCACCAAGAUCACCCCAACAGAAUGGUGUUGUGGAACAGAAAAAUAGAACACUACAAGAUAUGGCAAGAACGAUGCUAUUAGAUCAUUCUCUACCAAACCAUUUUUGGGCAGAAGGAGUAAGUACAACAUGUCACAUUCUCAACCGAUGUCUCAUAAGGUCAAUUCUGAAGAAAACCCUUUAUGAACUAUGGAAAGAUAAACGUCCUAAUAUUAGUUACUUUCAUCCCUUUGGAAGUAAGUAUUUCAUUCACAAUAAUGGUACGAACAAUCUUGGAAAAUUUGAUCCAAGAAGUGAUGAAGUUAUUUUUCUGGGUUAUUCACUAAACAGUAGAUCCUUUAGAGUAUACAACAAACGCACGAUGUGUGUGGAAGAAUCUGUGCAUAUUAUAUUUGAUGAAAAUAACUCCUCGGUCGAGAAAGGUAUUAUUGUAGGUGAUGAAGAUCAAAUUCAAGAAAGCCAGGAGACAAGCAAAUCGCAAAAGUCGACUGAUGGAUCUGACGUUGUGAUAGAGUCAACUAAUGAAACCAACAAUAAUCCACUAGAACCACCGAAGGAGUCGAGUGCUCAUACAGUUCACCCAAACGAAUGGAGAAGUGAACCUGAAUAUCCUCAAAAAUUAAUCAUAGGAGAUCCAAAUGAGGGAAUGAAACCAGGGGAACUCUCAAGAAGAAAACAAACAUAG